AGGCGCCACCACCCAGAAGUGAAAUUUAUUCCUGUUCGCGCACUCGCUUUUUUACAUAUGUAAAAGAAUUAUUCAUUGGAAGGUUGGAUUAAAUUCUCCAAAUGUCUCACUCAUACGCAACGAAAGUGUAGUGAUGUGUGUGUUGAUCUGGUUGUUUAACUAUGUACAGAGUUGAAUGAAUAAGAAAAUAAGACAGUGCUCUGAGUAUACUUUCAACAAUCUUGGCUGAGAUAACUACUAUGUUUACUUUUAUCGAUGGUUUUUAGGAUAACAGUAUGAUAAACUUCUUUGGUUGCCAAGUAAGAUAAGAGUGGCCGUAAUUACAACUCAACUAAUAGAAAAUAUUACAAGUGAGCCAUCGAAACUGAAUGUCAAGUAAGAUUCGGUUGAAGAAGAUAUGCUUUAGUGUGGAAUUUUGUUGGGAUAUUUUCAUUUGAUAGCCCAGCAAUAAAAUGUGUAAUUUUCAUUGUGGAAAUACAUUGCAUUUGAAAAUUGGUUCAAACACUAGAGAAUCUUUACUAGUGUGAUGUUAAUGUGAAAGCAUUUUUUUUGAAAGAGUUUGUUUUGUCUGCACACAGAUGUUUUAAGAUGGAGGAAAAAUACUACGACUGUGAAUUUUGUAGGGAAGUUUUUCCAACUAAUGAAGAAUUGAAUGCUCAUAAACUCAUUCAUGCAGCAGAAAAACCCUAUCAAUGUGAGGAUUGUGGGACUGCAUUCUCUGAGAGUAGUGAGUUAUUAUCUCAUAAAUGUACAGUUCAUACGGGAGACAAACGAAGCCAAUGUGAAAUUUGUGGGAAAUCUUUUUCGAAAAAUAGUAAUCUUUCUGCUCAUGUACGCACUGUUCAUAUGGGAGAAAAGCCCUACAUUUGUGAAUUUUGUGGGAAAGCAUUUACAGCAGCUUGUGGUUUAACAAGACACAAAACUCUUCAUACAGGAGAAAAGCCCCAUGUUUGUCAAAUUUGUGGCAAGGCAUUUCCUAGAAUCCAUGAAUUAUCAGUUCAUACAAAUACGCAUACAGAUGAAAAUCCAUUCAAAUGUGACAUUUGUGAGAAGGUAUUUUCUUCAGGCAGUUCAUUAAAACGUCAUACAUAUACACAUACUGGUGAAAAACCUUAUCGUUGUAGUGUUUGUGGGAAAGCAUUUUCUAAUACUGGUUCAUUAGAAUUUCAUAAAUAUACUCAUACUAAUGAGAAACCAUAUAAAUGUGACAUUUGUGGAAAAGCAUUUCCCAGAAACUGUGACCUUUCAGUUCAUAAAUAUAUUCAUACCGGGGAAAAACCAUACAAUUGUGACAUUUGUGGGAAAGCCUUUUCUAGAAACCAAGACCUUACAAUUCAUAGAUAUACUCAUACAGAUGAAAAGCCAUAUAGUUGUGAGGUUUGUGGAAAAUCAUUUACUAGAAAUCAUGACCUUUCAGUUCAUAAAUAUAGUCACACUGGUGAGAAACCAUUCAAAUGUGAAAUUUGUGGGAAAGCAUUUUCCGGAAAACGAUACCUUUCAGUUCAUAAAUAUACUCACACUGAUGAGAAACCUUACAAAUGUGAUGUUUGUGGGAAAGCAUUUCCUAGAAACUGUGAUCUUUCAAUUCAUAAAUAUACUCAUAGUGAUGAAAAACCGUAUAAAUGUGAUGUUUGUGGAAAAGCAUUUGCUAGAAACCGUGACCUUACAGUUCAUACAUACACUCACACUGGUGAAAAGCCGUACAAAUGUGAUGUUUGCGAUAAGGCGUUUUGUAAAAAAGGUUCACUAAAAGUUCAUAGAUAUAACCAUACUGGUGAAAAACCAUACAAAUGUGACAUUUGUGACAGAGCAUUUUCUAAUAAUGGUUCAUUACAAUUUCAUAAAUAUAGUCAUACAGAUGAAAAACCUUUCAAAUGUGACAUUUGUGGGAAAGGAUUCCCUAGAAACAGUGAUCUUUCAGUCCAUAAAUAUGUCCAUUCUGAUGAAAAACCAUAUAAUUGUGACAUUUGUGGUAAGGCAUUUUCUAGAAACUAUGACCUUUCUGUUCAUAUAUACAGUCAUACAGGAGGAAAACCAUACAAAUGUGACACUUGUGGGAAAACAUUCUCUAGAAACUGUGACCUUUCAGUUCAUAAGUAUACUCAUACUGAUGAAAAACCAUACAAAUGUGAUGUUUGUGGGAAAGCAUUUCCUAGAAAUCAUGACCUCUCAGUUCAUAAAUCUACCCAUACUGGUGAAAAACCUUAUAAAUGUGACAUUUGUGGGAAAGAAUAUCCUAGAAACUGUGACCUCUCAGCUCAUAAAUAUACUCAUAGUGGUGAAAAACCAUACAAAUGUGACAUUUGCGAGAAAGCAUUUUCUCGAAAUAUUUCCUUAACAAGACAUAAGAAGACUCAUAUUGGGAAAAUAAUCAUAACUGUGUGAAACAUCUGUAGAGAAAUCUACAAAAUAUAAACUGAGAGAUGAAAAUAUGUCCUGGUACAACUGAGAAGCAGUAUUAUUGAUAUAUUUGAACUUUUCUUUCAUUUCUAUUGAAAUAAACUUUCUUGUAUACAACUUAAUUAAAUACAGGUUAUUCCUGAUUCUUUCAUUAUUCAUUUUCUAUAAUCUCUAUAACUCCCUCUGACCAACCCACAAAUUCUUUACCUUGUAACAACUGUAAAAUUUGUGAAACUACCUCUUCUACAAUAUAACCGAUGUACUUGAACCUAUUCUCUCAUUGUUAUUGAAGUGGUCUUUGUUCUUUCAGAUAUUCUGAUUGUAUAGUAAACACUUAUUUUUAUUUGUUUGGUUUGAAAGAUAACCGUUUUAUAUCAUGUCUUUAGUUAAGAAUGAAAUAAUGAUACCAGUAAUUUUAUUUUUAAAUAUGCUAAAUAACAGUUUGUCAACUCUUAUUUGCUUUUAUUUUUUACAUUGUUGAAUUGGUAAUUUUAUUUCACCACUUUCAAAGUUGUCCAUCCUCUCACUAAUGGUCUCUGGUCUUUGAAACUCAAUAUAAUUGCUCUUGACGCUAGCAAAGAUUUUGGUUAUAUCUACAUGAAAAACCUUCUGAAAGAAAAUAGUUUUGCAGCAUGUAUUUCCUGUUAAAAGUAUUCAUAUACUAUACACUCUAGUAUGACUCACUAAUUCUAAUACAGACCCACCUUCAUACCUUUAAAACAAAGGUUAUAACAGGUGUCAUCCCAGAUAUCUUGGAACACAUCUUGAAAUGAAGAUAUUUCAAUAUACAACCACAACCUACUUACAUCUUAAACUUUCAAUCUCUGUAAAUGUUAAGCCUCACAGUCUCUCCUAAUUCUUGUGAUGUCCCCAUAUCCAAGACAUCCUUGACUUCCAAAAGUCAAAAUCCUUGUUUCAGAUUUUGAUGCUAUAUAACACUGAACAACUACUGGCCCCCUUUAAGGCAAACGUAUGACCAACACAGGAAUACGGUUCACAAAUGUGUGACAGUUUAACUGGUUAUAGUAUUAUUGUGGGGCCUGGAAGGUGGAGACUCACAAGUUGGUUGGGAGUAUCUACAAGUGGAAUGAACCCAUCCAACUCCAAGGAGCAGAACUUUAGAGAAAGCAGAAGGAGUAGCCAGCACAUCUGUAGAUCAGAGACAAGUAUGUGGGUAAAACACUUCAUCCAGUCAAUCGAGUGCUUUUCUAGUGGUAUCUGGGUAAAUGUAGCCAAGACAGUAGAGAUGGGAGCAGUAUUCCAAUGUGGGUGUUAUGAGAGCUUUGUAGAAGGUUAGUGUAUGAUGGGGUCUUGAGUAUAUUUUGUCAAGAAGAAAAAGGCCUGGCUUUUUAAUGCAGUCUUUCAUUUGUUUGUAAUAUGUAUCUGUCGAGAGACCAACAGUGAUGUUGAAGAUUUGAAACGAUCAAGAAAAUUCUAUUUGUGUGAUGUUCAUUGGGGGGGGGGGGCGUAAGUAGGAGUGGUGAGUCGCUAUGUUUUGGUAUAUGAAUUCUUUUUGCUGUUAAAAAGACAAGAUUGACAUGAUAUAAGAUAUUUCUCAGGUUUCUGUCCAAGAAGUGAUUGCAGAGUCCGUGUGUAAUACCAGGCUAACAUGUGGAUGAUGCUUGAGUACAGAAGUUUUGAGAGAAAUGAAGGACAUAUCGCUGAAGUUGAUGGCAAGAAGAGUGUAAAUGACAAAACUGAGCCGUUGGUCUUACAAAACCAAGAGAGGAGAAAUGAAUUGAAUCCAUAGAUGAACAAUUUGUAGUAAAACUUCCUACCUUGGACUCAGUCUGCCAGAUAUCAACAGAAGCUUUGCUCAUGUCAGAACUUUUUGAGAGCAAGAACUGCCACAGCAAUUACUAAGCUAACUUGAUGUGCUAUAGGUCCUGAGAAGUGGGGGACGGUGUGCAUAUAUGACUGUAUGGUAGAUAGUUGUGGUGAGGUAGUUGUUGGAAAACCCAGUAGUUGCACAGGGUUAUGAUCUGUUGGAAGCUAAAUUUAGAGGUGACAAAAAAAUCGAGGACGUUUGCAGUUCGUGUGUCAGUCAAAGAUGUAUUUAGAUGAUGAAACCAUUAAUGUGGAAUUAAAGAUUGUGAGAUUUGAUUUCUGUACCGACAGCGACUGUAUGGGAGGAAUUGUAAGCAUUGAACUUAAUAAGGGUGAUGAUUUUUGGGUGAAGUGAGAUAGAUGUAUUGAUGCUGGAAGAGAUAUGAUUGAAGAGUCGUUGGUAAUUCAAGGAGUUUUGAAAGUGACAGAGGACGCAAGUGUAUUUAGAUAAAUAUGUAUGGAUGUAAGCGUUAAGUGUCUAAGCGAGAUAUUUGAGUCUAAGAUCGUGCGGACACCAUCUUUCGUGGUGGUAUCUGAGUAAAUAUUGUAGCAUGGACUAUAGCGUUAAGAAAUUUGUGUUGAUAGUAAUGUUAUGAGUAGUCUGCGUGUCUGUAAGAGGUGUUGAUGUGGUCUUAGUUCAAUAGGAGUAUACAGCUAUGGAGUUCAGAAAGGAUAAUUGUCGUGAUUACAUCUCUGAAGCCUAAAACGAAUUCCGCUGAAGGUACUUAUGAGUCAGGAGGUGGUGUGUUGUAUCCAGAAAGGAAAAGGAGCCCUCUGCGCCAUGUAUAACUGACUAAAUGAAACAAAUGAUGGCCCAGGAUCAAAUAAGUAUCGGUAGCUUUAGCUAUUAAUAUAUAGAAAUGUUGCUCCACAUAAAAGUACGAGAGUAUGUGUAUAUAUGUGUGUGCAUGUAAAUUAUAUUUAACUCGUUCAUACAUACAUAGACGUAGAAACACUUUUGCAGCAGAAACUGUCACGAGAAAAACAUUCUCCAAAUAGACAAUGUGAAACUCAUCCAGCGUACUGAAGAUUCUGCCAGCUUGCUGCGCCGCCCUACACACGCACACAUACAUGCCAUUACGCUCUGAGUUCAAAUUCCGCCAAGGCCAACUUUGCCUUUCAUCCCUUCGGGGUCGAUUAAAUAAGAACCAGUUACACACUGAGGUCUAUGUAAUCGACUUCAUCCCUUUCUCUGUCCUUGUUUGUCCUCUCUGUUUAACCCCCUGUGGGCAAUAAAGAAAUAUAUAUAUAAACUG